GUUCACCGUCCGCUCAAUCGUUAAUCUAAAAUUUUUACUUCGAUUUUGGGAAAUACAGAUACGAGAGCUUUAUUUAAUACGAUGUUUUGUUAGCCGUCCCGUAAUGAUAAAGAUAGACGCAAUGCGUAUUACAUCGUGCGCAUGUCUCGAAUCUCAGUAAGAAUUCGCGACCACUGACGUAACGUCAAGAUUCAAGAUGGCCGCAAUCCGUCUGCUGUGAGUAAUGUUGCUCAGAUCAGUGCCUGUAAAUGUUGCUUAAAAGGCGAUCGCGUAGUUUAAUCGGCAGGGUGUUGGAUAAGUGGCCGGGAAAAAAGUUAUUCGAACGUACAAAAAGCGGCGAAUCCAAGAGGCGCUGGAGAAGAAGCGAGCACACGAGGAAACGUAACGCGAUAGAAAAGAGGAAAACUGAAUUCGUUCCGAAACAGGUGGGGUCAAAGAAAAUGCCUGCUGGAGUUUCCUGGACUCGCUAUCUUACGUAUACCGGCGUCGCCAUGCUCACAAUGCUCGCCGGCUCACAGACCGUUCAUCACUUCUACAGGCCUCUAGACGACUUAGACAUGCUGAUAGAACAGGAAUACGAAAAACUACUGAAGCAGGAAAAGGAGAAAAGUUAAUUCUGGCUUAUCUCACAUCAUUGUACGUCACGAUCUCUUGUAGAAUCAUGCAACACUUAAAUAAUUAUAUAUAUAAAUAAAUACACACACAUAUAUGAA